UGCGGGGAAGUCCCGAUCUGCCGACCCGGCCUCUCCCGCUCACAGCGGCUUCCGAUUCACACUCCGCCCCUCUGUGUGUGUGUGUGUGUGUGUGUGUGUGUGUGUGUGUGUAUGUAUGUGUGUGUGUAAGAGAGAGAGAACGAAAGAGAGAUAGAGAGAAAUAGUGAUAGAGAUAGAGUGCAUAUAUGCGAUAGAGGAGUGUGUAUGUGUAGCGACAGUUGAGUGUGUGUACGUGCGACAAGAGUGUGCCCCGAACUCUCUCGUACGUGUGAGUGUGAGAACCGGUCCCACAGCGAGUGUGCAACUCUCUCGUCUCAGCUCCAGUGAGGGAUCGCUCCUGUGCUGCUGCAGAGACAGGGAGGGAGCGAGAACCGAGUCCGACCCUCCCAUCGCUCCUGUCCCACCACAGCUGACCACAGCUGGGGGAGCCUCCCCGCCCCGGAGCCAGUGAUGUUGGUCGUGCGUUGAGGGAUCGCUCCCUCCCGGGGACGGGACCCCUCCCCAUGAAGCUGGAAGAGCCGGGGAUGGAGGAGCGGACCCACACCGCCCCUCUGGACCUCAGGACGCAGCGGGGGGUCUGGGGGUGCGGACCCCCUCCCGAGGGGAGACCCCCUCCAGCCAAGAAGGAGCGCUCCAGUCUCUCCCUGCCCCCCCGCAAGAGGCCCUACCCGCGGGAGGGGGGUCGCUCGGAGAUUCUCCCAGGGGGAUCGUGCAGAGGGGAGGAGGUGUCCAGCUGCCCCCUCCCUACAUCCCCCUACCUGGAGCGCCUGUACCUGCCCUUCGGACUGACACACCCGCCCUACAUUCCAGCUGCCUACUACCCCGCACAGUUACCCAUCUGCCCCCUACCCACACACCCACCCCUCACCGUCAGUGGCCUGGCUGGUCUCCACCCUCCCACCUGUUCCCUCCUCCUCCACCCGCAGGGCGACCCCCUGGCUUCGGACAUCGCCGUGGCAACACGCCAGGACGAGGACGGUGAUACACCCCUCCACAUUGCGGUGGCCCAGGGGGACGUUCACAUGGUGCAGAGGCUCGUCCACCUCCUUCUCCUCGGCAAGAAGAGCUUGGACAUCUACAACAACCUCCGGCAGACGCCACUGCACCUGGCUGUGAUUACUCGACACGCGGAUCUGACCGCGGUGCUGGUGACGGGCGGUGCCUCUCCAGUGCUAUUGGACCGUAAUGGGCAGUCGGCCAUCCACCUCGCCUGUGAGCAUCGCUGCCUCAGCUGUCUGCGCAGCCUCCUGGGCCUGGCCCACGGCAAGGGCCGGGGGGCUGCUGACCUUGACAUCCGCAACUAUGAGGGUUACACACCGCUUCACAUUGCCGUCAACAACCAGGACAGCAACAUUCUCACCUUCCUGCUGGACCAGGGGGCGGACAUUGACGCCGUGGACAUUAAGAGCGGCCGGACUGCACUGAUUCAUGCCGUGGAGAACAAUUGCCGGGACCUGGUGCAACUGUUGUUAGAGCACGGAGCGAGCGUGAACCUGCAGACGUACUCGGGGAACACAGCUCUGCACUCUGCCAGUGGUCGGGGACUGAUGGACAUCGUCAAACUGCUGCUGAAGAACGGGGCCGACACCAGCAUUAAGAACUGUCACAACGACACCUCGCUCACAGUGGCCAAGAACAAGAAGGUAGUCGAUGUACUGAGGGGGAAGGCAAGCCGCCUCCCCUCGCAGCCGGGGUCCAUCCCGAUGGGGACCAGCGAAUCAAGUGCACCCUCCUCACCAAAUAAAUCCCCUCUUGAGGGGGCAACAGGUUCCAGCCCGGCCUCUCCCUGUAGGCCCCCUCCCCCCUCAGGAUCAUCCCCCAUUGCUCUCGGCCUGCCUGGGAGUACGAGCCCCAGGGCUGGGGAAGGUGGGCCUGGCAACCUCUGGACACUGCCAGUGGUGGAUGGACUCUCCCCUUCCACUACACUCUUGACUGGGGUCUACCUGCCCAGCCAGGCCUGGGGCUUCGCCAGGGCUGGGGCCUGUGAGGGCCUUUGCUCCGCCCAUCCACAGGAGGGUGCUUGGGGUGACGAGCCUGGGAGAGCCCACGUCGGUGUGGUUUGGUCACCGCACCAUUCAGAGGCAGGAGGGAGCUGCACAGGGAGGAGGGGUUGCUGAUGGCAGCCUGACCAGGCCCAGGAAGCGGGCAGGGGGAAGGGAGGGGGGAAUGUUUUACAGUCCAAUGUCACCUCACUCGUUAGGCCGAGGAAGAAGCUCCUUCAGACAGGGGCCCCAUGCUCCCACAGGACAAACAGCGAUAGGAAGAGGCAAUGGCUUUGAGUGUUGCCCUCCACCUCGUCCCCGUCACACUCCCCUUCCUGGCCAGGGACGACCUCACUCACUGACUCCAUAAGUCGGGCCUCGAGGUGCAACAGGAAACAGGCCUUUGGUACAAUGGGUAAAUGCUAGCUGUUCACACCCCUCCUGUUCAGUUCUUUCCCUCCCACCCCUGACCCGGAUGCUGAACCCUCGUCCACACACUGGGGAUGUGGAGUGGGUUGGGGGGGGAGGAUUCCUGGUGGCUGAUUCCCUAACGCUGCACUUCUGUGGGGAGAAUGCAAGGAAAAUCCUGGUGGUCACAGGGAGAAUGUGGAAGCUCCACACAGACAGAAGAAGCACUAAACAGCCAAGUCGCAGCUGCCAGGCCCGGGUCUUCUGUCAGCGUGAGGUGAACAUCGUGUCCUCGGAACGGCUGCAGAUCAAGAAUUGGAGGGAAUGCAGUGGGUCUGCCCCCAUCUCUACCCCGUGACACGGGGAGCGUGUGGAACCGGAGGGGAUGGUGGUCCCGAGAAAUUGUGACAUCGGGGCAGCGGAAUGGACCUAUCUGUACACCAGGAGGGACUGGAGUGGAUGACGGUCCCAGGAACAUGUGUUUCUGACCCUGCCUCGACACCCUGAUAGACCUCAGUCCAGGGCCUGAGAGAGGUGCCUGGUGACAAAGUCGUUAUUUUCAUCUCCCACAACCGUGCACGCUGGCAGACGUUUGGAGAGUGGUUCACAUCAUUGCAUUAUGGAUAAUGUCCAGAAAAUAGAAUAUGGAUACUGUACUUAAGAGGAAAGUGUCCGAAACUGUAAAUAAUGUUGUAGCAGAAAAUAUUAAAGAUUAAUAUUAUCAUGCACAUGGUGUGUGAAAGGGAUCCCAUUUUUAACCUUUAUACUGCUCUGAAAAGGUGCUGAGUGUGUGUGUCUAAUGUGUGUGCGGGUUUGUGUCUGUCUGUCUAAUGGGACCUGUGACUGUCGUAUAUGUGUGUGUGUGUCUAAUGUGACCUAUGACUGUUGUGUGUGUGUGUGUGUGUGUGUAUGUAUGUGCCUGUCUGUCUGUCUAAUGGGACCUGUGACUGCCAUGUGUGUGUG